AUGGUCUAUCAUCUGGAAAGUCAAAGCCCUUUCCAAGGUCUACUCAUUCAUGUGGCAGGAAUCGGGUGGCUUAUUAGAGAUGAUAAAGGUGCAUUUCUGAAAGCAAGAUCUGAUAUACUCUUUGGGAUCUACACGCCAUCUGAAGCUGAAGCAAUGGGGCUUAGGGAGGUACUAAGCUGGCUCAAAAACCAGAACCUUACCCACUUCCUUAUUGAAUCCGAUUCGCUACAGGUUGUUCAAGGGCUGAGUUCUAAGUCUUUUGAUUCAUCUUUUGAUUUAAUUUAUGUUAAAGAUUUGCUAUGUAUUUUUCCUAAUGCGUAUAUCUCGUUUGUUAAACGAUCAACGAGUAGGGUCGUUCACUUGUUAGCUAGAGAGACUCUUUCUUCAUCUGAUUGUAUGGAUUGGGUUAAUCAUCCCCCUUCCUUUCUUUGUAAUGUUUUGUCUUCGGGCAGUAUUUAA